AUGGGCAAGACCCCGGGCCCGGCGAUCCCAUCGACGCCCAGUAAUAAGCGCAUCGUGGGCAACGUCGCCGUCGAGAAAGUAAUUCAACAGGUGAACAGCGAUUACAACCUCGAUAUCGAGAUUCCCGACCCCACCCUCAGCCCAUUGAAGCGCAAGCAGCUCGGCGUCGAAAACGAAAAGUACGCGCGGUGGGACCGCAUCUGUCGCGGAAUCCAGUUUCUCUUUUACCAGAAAGGCGACAUGCUCGACCAGGCGCUCCAUUGUUUUUUUAACGAGGCCAAGGCAGCGAGCUUGCAGUGGAAGCCCAAACCUCACGCCGAACCCGGUACGCUUCCCUCGCCAAGGACACCGCCAAAGGCGCAAUCGCCUGGAGAGAAGCGGCAUCUGCAAGAGAUCCUGAUCAACGUGAUCGACCACUUCAAAGCUCGUGCGCGACCUGCCUUAUUUCUCCCAGAAUCGAAUGGUGGCACUCGCCAUGGACCGGUUCUUGCAUCCGGCGAAGAUGGGCCUGAAUCCCCUGGGUCUCCCGGCUCCAAGCGAUCAUUCGAUAGCGACGAUGAUCACGGCGCCAAGCGAACCAGAGGCCAAGCGCUCGCAUCCUUUCGCAGCCCGGGCCCAUCCCCGACGCCGUCGGCCUUCACUGACGCGCUCGACAAAGUGCCCACCCGCCGCUAUCUUGGCCACCCCUCCCCGAAGAAUUGGACCCCCGAGCGCCGCCGGCCAGAAGAAGAACGGGAUAGCUCCAGUGAUACUUCCAACAGCAGCAAGGUAUCGAGCGUCUUCAGCAGUCGUGGGCGGCAGCAAUCGACCCAAACCACUGUAGAUAGAGACUCGCAGGAACCGAAGCGCCCUCUCGGCACUCCGAUUUCCACACGCCCGUCGCCGUCACAAUUCGAUGUUGCCAACCGGAUUACUCCGCAUGCGCCCAGGUCCCGCGGCCCGACAGACAGUCCUCCCAAACCGUCCCCGCGAUCGUCCGCGGUGAGCACCGUUUACCCCGACUCGUCCGUUCCAAGCACUUCCUCGCUAGAUACGGCCUCGGCGUCAUCCUCGUCCUGGGACCGGGGUGAUGCUUGCUUAGAUGCCAGCAAGCUCACCCCUAUUCAGAGGAGGCUGCAAAACAUUUGGCCCAAGUUUCCGCGCUGGCUCCGCGACGCGCCUCUCCCCGUCGCAUGGGAGAUCACCAGGAUCUGCCUUCAUUGCAAGGUCGAGAUUGAUGAUGACACCGUCAAGUACGACCCCAAAUGGGCCAAGUCGGACAUGCUGGGAAUCUGGCGGAGCUUGAGCCAGCUAGAGCCCUUCCGCGGGAAGUCGUUCCCCGAGCGACCACCCGCGGAAGUGUUCGCGGCCGCGCUGGCCGGGUUCGAAAGCCGAGGAAAUACAGUAGUGAUGUCGGCUGCGCUGGAGUUUAACCCCAGCAAAUCCGGCCCUCUAUUCCUCCUUGACAUGAAACCGCUUAGAUUCGACGAAGGCUGCAGGCUGACGCGGCGGUUCGGCCCAGAUCGCUUCCUGGAGGUCCUUAUCCCAUCGCCCACCGCGCUGAAUGCGCCUCCGAUCAUCAAGGAUACAGAACGAGGCGCUGAUCAGCUCAUCCAAUGGUUCACCCAGAAACCACACACCAUAGUUGGGCGACAAUGGCAAGCCUUCUACUCCAAGGACGCAGGGUACAGAAAGCCGCCAAAGGAUUUCAAGCUCGGUCCGGACGCCAAAGCCACAUUCAAGGAGAGAGUGCAUUUCUUCGCUGAGAACGGUCCCAACUUUCGCCCUACCUCCAUUCGCUCGAGGCACGAAAUCCCCUCCGACACAGCGCAUCAACGAGCUCAGAUCAAGGUUAGCCAUAUGUUGGACUGGCUUCUGCAUCUCGAUCAGAACGAGGGACAACCCCACCUAAAGCUCUUCUCACGCAUCCAGCUCGGCUUGAGCAAGACGUUUCCGGCCGUCAAAUUUGAACCCGAACAGAUCCUCCACCGCCCAGAGGACAUUCUCUCGCCCACAGGUAAAGUCAUGAACGACGGCAUCGGCCGAAUGUCUCGCGGUGUGGCGAGGAAAGUUCGGGAUGCACUCGGGCUCAGCGACAUCCCGUCCGCCAUCCAAGGGCGGAUGGGUUCCGCCAAGGGCAUGUGGUUGAUGGAUGUGGGCAAUUCUGGGGAUACCGACUGGAUCGAGACAUACCCGUCACAACGGAAAUGGAACUGCGACGAUACCGAUCCGUACCAUCGGACACUCGAGGUCCGCAGUGUGGCCUCGGAGCUGAAGCCGGCCGGUCUGAACUUGCAGUUCUUACCCGUCCUCGAGGACAGGGCCAGGGACAAGAGGCGUAUGAAACAUGCGAUCGGGAACCGCCUCACCAACAACUUGGAGCUGCAGUUCGAGAACCAGAAGACGGCCCUGAAGCGACCUUCGCAAUUUCGACAGUGGGUCAACGAGAACUCAAACGACCGGGGUAGUCGUGUCAAGCACGGACAAGUUCCAUUCCUCGGUGGGCUCCCCGAGAGCAAGAGCGAGAUUUUGCACUUCCUCCUGAAUAGCGGAUUUGACCCGAAAUCGCAAAAGUAUCUACAGGAUCUCGCGUUUGAGCUACAGAAGCAAAAGUGUGAUAUUCUGCGGACCAAGCUCAAUAUCAGGGUGGGCCGAUCCGCUUACAUCUACAUGGUGAUCGACUUUUGGGGUGUUUUGGAGGAGAACGAGGUCCAUGUCGGUUUCUCAUCCAAAUUCCGGGAUGAAUCAGACGACAUCUCAUACACGCUCUUGGCCGACUGCGACGUGCUUGUCGCUCGCUCGCCAGCUCACUUUGUGAGCGACGUCCAAAAAGUUAGGGCGGUGUUCAAGCCAGAGCUGCACGCUCUCAAAGAUGUCAUCGUGUUUUCCGCCAAGGGAAACAUUCCGCUGGCCGACAAGCUGUCGGGAGGCGACUACGACGGAGACAUGGCUUGGGUGUGUUGGGAUCCGGACAUUGUUGAGAACUUUGUCAACGCCGACAUGCCAGACGAGCCAGAUCUUUCCGCGUACCUGGGCAAGGACAAGACCACUUUCGAGGAACUGGUGCUCCGAACCGGGCAGACCGGGAACCGUGCUCGCUACGAAGCGGUCUACGAUAUGAUCAACAAGAGCUUCCAGUUUGCGAUGCAGCCAAACUACUUGGGCAUCUGCACCAACUACAAGGAGCGCGUAUGCUACCACAACAACAGUGUCAAUAAUAGGGCUGCCGUUCUUCUCAGUAGCUUGGUCGGCAAGUUGGUCGAUCAGAGCAAACAAGGUAUCAUCUUCAACGCGGAGAGUUGGGAUCGACUGCGGCGGGACUACUUCUACGGCAAGAUGUUUUUCGACGACCCAGCGUACAAGGGCGAUCAUUGGGGCGGGACUGAGGAGCCGCAGCACAUCAUUGACUACCUCAAGUUCUCGAUUGCGAAACCUGCCAUUGAUCGCGAACUCCAAUCAUUCCACGAAUCCAUGGCGGCCGCAAAGGGAUCCGCGGCCGAAGCGGCUGGUGAGGGCGCUCACUUUUGGGACCCAGACCUCGCCAUGUACUACGAGCAUGUCAAAACCCUCACCAAGACAUCCCGCUCCUUGAAGAGUGUCCUAGACGGGCUAAACAACGCCAUCUGUGGCGUCGAGCGCGAGUGGAAGCGCCUCAUCCCUUUCCGCGACGGCAGCCUCGGGUACCCAGAGAAGGUCAAGCGGGUCUACGCCAAGUGGCUCGAGAUCGACCUCGCCUCGGUCAGCAACGCGGGCUCUAACACGCUCGACUCUAAGACGGUUGGGCUGUUGGGGCAGCCGUACCUGGCCGAGCGCGGGGCGAGCGCGACGAGCCUGUGGGAGCUCAUCAAGGCGAGCGCGGCCUUCAAGAUGUACUACCAGAUGAACCCCAAGUUUGUCUGGCAGAUCGCCGGCUGCCAGCUCGCCUUCAUCAAGGCGCAGGUGGUCUCGGGCAGGGCAGGUGGCGGGUCGGACGGCAUGGCCCUGCUGGUCACGCCGCACAUGUAUGCUGGCCUGACGCCCGACGGGCGCUUUGUCAAGCAGUACGUGGCGCGGCUGGAGGGCGACGGGUCGGAAUACCCCGUCGUAGACGACGAUGAGGAGACGGGUGGCGGAGGAGGGAGAGGAGAUGACGUUGAUUGA